AACAUGAAGUUCCUCAUCGUCUUCGUCGCCCUCUUCGCCCUGGCCGUGGCCCGCCCCAACGAAGUCCAGACCCUCCGAUCGGAGUCCGAUGUGCAGCCCGAGAAGUGGAGCUCGGUCCUGGAGACCAGCGAUGGAACCUCCAUCGACCUGAGCGGACAACUCAAGGAUGUCGGCACCGAGCACGAGGCCGCUGUUGUCCACGGAUCCUACUCCUGGGUGGAUGAGAAGACCGGCGAGAAGUUCACCGUCACCUACGUGGCCGAUGAGAACGGAUUCCAGCCCCAGGGUGCCCAUCUGCCCGUGGCUCCUCUUGCCUAA